GGCGUAUUUCGGUGUCACGCUGAAAUGUCGAAGAGUCCUCGCGCCGUGAUUAACAAACAAGCUGACCUAUCGUAACUAUUGAACAUGUUGAAACGUCCAGCGAGGGGCCACGAGUUCAGCUAUUACGGCGACAAAGAUCUACGAACGAGAGAGAAAAAAAGCUGCGCUCGACGCGGAUGUAGAUUAGCGUCGUGGUUGUUUUAAUACUUAAUGGGUUUUAAUCUGCUCGUAAAUUAUUCCCAACGAAAAACAGAUUAUUGUCUCUGUAAGUUAAUUGUGCUGAUAAACGCGAUGUCGAUCCGUUGGAAAUUGGCCAGUUUCUAAAGGAACUUCACAAUUAUCGGCACGAGGACAGAUGGAAAGGCGGCGGCCACCGUUUCUCAGAGCUUCCAGCAAAGCCAAGGAGACAGAACGAGGCAGUGGAACAAAGAUGGAUUCUGCACGCAGCGGAGGUGUCAUAGAAGAGCAAAGCAGUGACGAAGAUCUGUCACCUGAUGCAUUGGUUAGACAAAAUUAUGAACUUCGUCACCGGCUGGAAGAGGAAGCUGCAAGCUACAAAAGACGUUUAGAUACAUAUCGACAAGCCCAGCAACAUCAAGCAGCUCUUGUCUCACGUUUACAAGCUAAAGUUUUGCAAUAUAAACAAAGAUGUUCAGAACUAGAAAAUCAAAUGGCAGAAACAAUUCCAUGUGACACUACUAGCAAACCAACAGCUGUUGUAUCUUCUACUUCUGCAUUAGAUGCUGCUCAUCAGACACUUCGUGACCUACGUGAGGAGCAAAUUCAUGAUUUGGAUACUGCCUUAAAGAAACUUGGAGAGGAACGCCGGAAAUGUGAAAAGCUUUUGCAGUUAAAUACAUCUCUGAAGGAUCAGCUGGAAGAAUCUCACCAAACGAACGAGACACUGACUAACGAUUUGCAGAAACUAAGCAACGAUUGGGAUAUAUUGCGCGAGGAAUUGGCGAUUAAAGAGGAUGAAUGGAAGGAAGAAGAGCAAGCGUUCAACGAAUAUUACACUUCUGAACAUAACAGAUUAUUAAACCUUUGGCGUGAUGUUGUAUCUGUUAAACGAUUAUUUGCGGAAAUGAAAUCUGCCACCGAGAGAGAUCUGUCUAAGCUGCGAAAUAAAGUCACUUCGUCGUCUAAUGAUAUCAUAUCGGCAUGUAAUAGUACAAGCUUCACCAUGAGACUGCAAGCAAGUGCGAUGCAAUCUACGCCGGCUCAGAAAAUGCAACAACAAGAAGAAGGACACACUAUGUCUGACUUGAGAACAGAAAUCACGUCACUCAAACAACAGUACGACGCUGCUCAACAUGAAAUUCGUACAAAAGAAGACCGAAUAAAUCAACUCAUUCGAGAGAUUCACAAUUUAGAAGAGAGAUGCGGUGUUUCGGAAGCAGCAGUCACUCAAACUGCGCGAAUGCAGGAGGAUAUUGAAGUUCUACAAACAGCUCUAAGAGACAUAGCACAUGCUGUAAUUCAGGACGCUGAGUCUCGGGAUAUCGACGCUAAACAGGCGCCUCCGCAUAUUCAUCUAUCACCCAGCGGACCAAUUCCACAAAGAUCGCCGAAGAGAGGCGCGAGAAGUAGCACCAUACCAGCUUUUGCUGAAAGUACCAUAAGCGCGGUACAAGCGGCCCUACAUAAGUAUCAAUUGACUAUACACGAGUUGCAGGUAAAACUACAAAUGAACAAGGAGCAGCUUUUAGCGAUGCGCAAACAAUGCGACACCGCGGAGGAGAAUGCUAAGUCCUUAAACGUAAGAGUUGCAGAGUUGAUUUCUCAGUUGGAUACAUGUCGUUCGCAAUGCACCCAACUGAAUCAAGAGAAGGAAAUGCUACAGAAGGGUCUCGACACUAUGAGAUUGGAGAAGAACGCGUUGGACAAAAAUAGGGUAGAACUUAAUAGUAUGGUGGAAGCUCUUAAUAACGAUUAUGAUAAACUUCAAAAAACAAACAAUAAGUUGCAGAAAAUGUGCGACAGUUUGGAAGAUGAGAAAUUGUAUCUGCAAAACGAACUUAGUAGAAUAUCGAAGGAUGCUGACUUAAGGGAAUUGAGCUUACGUUCAGAGGAAGAUAGAUGCAGUAAAAUGAGAGAAGAACUGCUGACAUUGCGAGAAGAUUUAAGUAAGACUUAUCUCGCCAAGGAUAUGUUGGAGCAGCAGAAAUUGGAAACCGACGGAUUAAUUUCUCAAAUAGAAAAAAAUAAAGGUGAUCUUGAAUUGGAAUUGGAACGGAUAUUACUGGAGAAGUCAGAUGUGCAGGAAAUUCUUAUAAAAAUGGAAGCAAUGUGCUCUAAUCACGAACAGGAUAAGCAGAGAUUACAAGAGGAUUUGAAAAAAAUAACAGACGAGAAAAAUAAGCUCGCGAGUCAGUGCAUCGAUCAACAAGGCGAUUUAAAUUCAUUGAGAAAAGAAUUGUUACAAGCAGAGCAAACUCGACUUGAUAUAGAAUCCGAGAAAGUCACAUUGAACGAGAAAAUUAAAUUUCUUGAGAUAGAAAAGGAAAAGGUUGAGAUAGAACUGGGUCAAGUGACUCGUGAACGCGGCGAUUUAAGCAAUCAAUUAUCAGUUUUGGCGCGAAAGAAGGAAACGUUAAAUGAGGAGCUUAUGAGAAUUAGACAAAGGCUGGAGCAGUCCAACGAGAUGAAUGCGCGAAUAAAUAGAAAUUUAGAGGAUCUUGUAAAAGAUAAUGAGGAGAAACAAGUGCUUCUGGAAACAAAUGACAAGGAAUUUCAAAGAGUGCAGGAGCAGCUUGCGUCGAUGCGCACCGAGAAAGAAACAUUGGAAGGAGUAUUAUUCGACACACAAACUAAUUUAGAAGCUACACACGUGAAGAAGACACAAUUAGAGAAAGAGCAGAAAGAAUUAUUGAUAAAACAGGAAAGUUUGAAGGGACAGAUAACGCGAUUGACGAAAGAAUUAGAAAAUAGUGAGAAACGUGCGCAAGAUAUCAAACAGUCACUCACGCAACAAAGUGGCGAUCAGGUUGCAGAAUUUCAACAAAUUAUAUCCAAUAUGAAGAAGCAAUCUGAAGAUAAUAUAAAGAAAGUGAAUGACGAAAAGGAACAAGUAAGGAUAAGCUUAGAAAAACGCUUGCAACAGUCUUUGUUGCAAAUGGAAGGAGAAAAGAAUGAAGAGACCAAUCAACUGCAACAGAGAAUCGAGGAGUUGCAGCAACACAUAGAGAAUUUGUGCAAGCAGCACGAAGAGGUGCUUCUUAGAGCUGAAAAUGAUAAACAACAGGCACUCCAUAUAGCUCAUCAUGACCAACAGGCUUUACUGGAGAAACUCGAAACUAUUAUGCGUGAAUUAGAGGAAGAGAAGAAUAACUUGGAACGCGUUAAAAGGGAUGCUGCGGUGCGCGCCGAGCAAGAGCGUAACAAUACGAAUCAGCUGCGUGACGAGUUAAAUCGUCUCAGGACGAAAUUGGACGAGACGAAGUUGAGAGCCGACGAGGAGAAGAUGAAACUUGAUCUGAAGAUAGAGGAGCUCUGGAAGGAGCGCGAGUCCACACAAAGAGAAGCCGAGGAACUGCAAGUUCAGCUGCACAUGGCGGAGGAUAAAGUGGACGGGCUGCAGAAUCAAUUGCACGACACUAUCAGGAAACUGAAGGACGCCGACAACAUCAACGAGACACUGCGUAAAGAAUUAGUGGAUGUGAGAAGGCAAUUGGCGGAUACCACGUACGAGAAAGAGAAGUAUAACAACAGUAACAAGGAGUUGCGGGAACACGUCAAGCGAAUCGAGAGCGAAAGAAGAGAGCAAGGAAGAACAUUGGAAGAGUUGUACCAGAAGAUAUCAGCGUUGGAGGAUGCCAAGACGACCAUAGACGUCGAAAGAACACGUCUGCAGACGCAGGUGCGCGAUAUGGAACGCGACGUGCUGCAGCUACAGCAACAGCUUCGCUUCACGCAGGAUGAGUUGCAGAAAUGCCACGAGAACAACGCUCAGGCGCAAAACGAGGAGAAAGAGCUGCAGUCGAGAUUGGCCAACGAAACCGAGGAAAGAGAGCGAAUACAGCUACAGUUGCAUCAGGUGAAGAAACAGGUGGUCGACUUGGACAACAGUUUGGAGGUUACGCGACAGGAACUGGGACGAUUGCGCACGCGAGCGGACGAGGAGGACGAGAGGUGGCGCGCCCGAGAGCAAGAGCUACUGGUGCGUCUUGAGGAUAGCCGUUGCCGCGAGAGGAAGUUGGAGGAUCAGAAGCACAAUCUGGAAGUUUGCCUGGCCGACGCGACGCAGCAACUGCAGGAGCUGAAGGCGCGUCUUGGCGGAUCUGAGGGAAGAGUGAGAGCCCUCGACGCUCAAUUGUCGCAAUUGGAAACCUCGAAGAAGGAAGUGGAGCAAAAGUUGAGUAGCGUGGGCUCCACGUUACGCCGUAUCGCCGGCAUUCAGAUGGACGGGAGCGUGAAUAUGCCGUUCAAAUUGAUGAGUCCUUCACGGCGAUGGAGUCCGGCACGCGCACAGGACCACGGUGACACCGGUAGAGAUGUCAUCCUGGACGUCGAUCCCGAAACCGUGAGGAAAGGCGUACGAUCGCUCAUGCAGCAAGUCGCUCAGAUUGAACGCGAGAGAGACGAUUAUAAGACGGAAUUGUGUAGCAUGAAAAAACAAUUGACGGAGUCGCAGGAGAAUCAAAGCAACACGGAUGUCAAGGUGAACAGUCUUCUAGCUAACAUUCGGACGCUUCAGGAAGAAAAGAACUCCGUGGAGGCGAAGCUGACUCAGAAGCAAACUGGCUAUCAAGCGCAGAUGGACGCGCUUCAACAAAAGACAGAAGAAUGCGAGCAGUUGUACGAGAAACUUACAAUCCUCGAGUUAAAAAUUAGCACGGAGACUGAGGAGAAGUCGCAGUUCGAGGACAAAUUAGAAAAGAUGAAGCAGGCGUUAAACAGACUGGAAGCGGAGAAACGCGCUCUUCAGGAAGAAGUUGGCCGCAGCGAAUCCCGCGCGACUAAAUUAGAGUUACAGAGAAUGUCCAUGGACGGGGAUCUCCAGAGGUUGCAGAUGAUGCUGCAAGAGAAAGACGCGCAAGUUCAGAAACUGCAGGACCGCGCGGAUGCACAGAGUCGUACUAUGGUGAGCUUGGAAGAACGUUGCGCGUCCUUGAAAUCCACCAUAGAACAGCUGAAUCUGGCGUUGGAAAAAGCGUCGGCGACAGAGAGCGAGUUCAAGAGUGAAAUCAAUCUAUUGCAACGUAAUAUCCUGGAAGUCACCACUUCUUCGCAGAAUAACAACGAGAGGCUGAAGCAGCUGCAGAAACAGCUCUCGAACACGGAGAACGAUCGCAGAGUAUUGUCCGAACGUCUGGAGACCGCUCAACAGUCCCUGAGCGACUUGAGACACGCGAAUCAGUCGUUGACUGAUCAGAACGCGCGACUACAAAACGAGUUGGCGAACAACGAGGUGCAGCGAUCGGCUUUGGAAUCGCAGUUGAGAUUGUCUAGCUGGCCACAGGAAGGCAGCCCGGGUAAAGACGAAGAGUUGCUACGCCAAUUGCAAACCGCUCAGAGAGAGAGAAGCGAGAUGAGAGGAAAGGUGGACGCUCUGAAUGACAAGGUGAAGCUGCUGGAAGCUGACAAGCGUAACUUGGAGCGUCAGGUCGCAUCGGCCAAGACCAACGUUAUUCGCAGCAAGAGCUACGAACGUCCCGAGAAAGCGCACAUGGAACUCCUAGGCACGAGCUACAGCCUCGACAACUUAGAACACGAGAAUAGAGAACUGAGAUUGAAGGUGCGUAGAUUGGAGACGCAAUUGGCGGAGAAGGAAGCGGAGCUGAUAAGAGCGAAAUCGGCGCACGUUCACUCGCAUUCCCUGCUGGACACAAAUCGAGACAGAUGCGGAGAAUUGGAACGAAUCAGGGCCGCGCAGCUGCAAGCGGAGAAGCUACUGGAAGCGAGAGAGCAGAGCCAUCGUCAGCAGGUGUUGCGUUUGGAGAAUCAAAUACAAUUGCUACGAGAACAACUGAAUCAGGAAAUAAAGCGUAGGCAACUGUACGUUUUACGAAGUUCGCGAGCUGGCAGAGAGAUGCAGCAGUUGCGACAAGCGUUGGGAGAUUCAUUGAGGACUGUAGCGCAGGACCCAUCGUUGGACGCGGUACUGUUGGAGCACGAGGCGCGAAAAUUGGACUCCACUCUGACGAGCACCGCUAGCUUACCGCCGUCAUUGGCGCUACCCGCUCCACCGCCGUCUUACGACAGAUCCAGCACUCCGUCGCAGCUCAAAUAACGCAGGAAGUAGAUCGCCGACUGAAUUUCCCGCAAUAACUGCCAAUGUAUAUCGAGCGGUACUUAUAUAUUCACGAAAGUGUAUAAGUACUUGCCGUAAGUUAUGCCUUUUGCGAAUUCGCGAUACGAUAAUGCGCCACAGCGCAAUUGGGAAUAUCGUUCGGUGCACGGCCCGAGGGUUGCACAUCGAGAUCGUUAUUAGAGACAGCAUGUAGAGUCAUUAAUUAUAUCACGACGAACUACGAAUUAAUAGCGCUUCUUGAUAUCUGACGAUUAAGAGACGAGAUUCUCUGCAGAUUUUUCGACGAUGGUAUUUCGUUUGAUACACAAUCUUUACAUCGAACGUAUUGAAUUUGUACCGAAUUUUUUUAUACGAAUUUUUAUGCUUCCAAUGAUCAAGAGACGUAGGAUCCGAAAGUAUUUCCUGUGGUUUAUUGAUACGCACGAGAUGCGCGAAAAUUCUCGUGGUGUGUGUGAAUCUUACAUUUAGCAAAGAAAAUUUAGCAAGAAUCAAUAGCAGUUUUUGCAAUUUUCUUUCAUCGCGUGAAUUCUCACCUGUCGAUCGCGAGAAAAUCAUUGUGCAAAAGCAAACUUGAUUAAUCAAUGAUUAAAAUGCACGAAAAUCAUUUCAUUCAUGGAUACGAUUCAUAACAUUCAUUUACCAAAGCAUAAAUAUAUAUAGAUAAUUAUUUAACGAAAUUAAAUAACGAAAUUUAUAACGAAAUUGUUAACGCAAAUUGAACAUGUACUAGUCUAUAAUCUGUCCAUUAAUGUUGUUACUAGUCAAUUUAAAUUUACGAAUUUAUUUAUUUUAAAAUGAGAGAAAUAUGUUGAAUAAUAUCGUAUCUCAUUUUGUCUAAGAGACAAUUCCCAAUAAACACCAACUGAAAGUAACGGUGCAUCAAUAUUAUAAUUUCACUCAACAAUGCAAGUGCAAUAUAACAUGCAUUGUAUGUAACAGUUACAUCACUGAGUAAGAAAUUAUAAUAUUAAUAUAAUGUUAAAAGAAUUCAUACCUGAAGAAAGCCAAUCAAUGAUUAAAAUGCACGAAAAUCAUUUCAUUCAUGGAUACGAUUCAUAACAUUCAUUUACCAAAGCAUACAUAUAUAUAGAUAAUUAUUUAACAAAAUUGAAUAACGAAAUUUAUAACGAAUUUGUUAACGCAAAUUGAACAUGUACUAGUCUAUAAUCCGUCCAUUAAUGUUGUUACUAGUCAAUUUAAAUUUACGAAUUUAUUUAUUUUAAGAAGAAAGAAUAUGUUGAAUAAUAUCAGAACACGUGCUGAUAGUCAGAUGGCAAUUGAUAAUUUCUUCUUUUCUACCAGAGUGAGUUCUGAUUGACUUCUGCUUUUUUGCUAAAGUAUGUAUUCUUCCUUACUGUCAGUUGCAGUGUUUAUUGGGUUGAAAGAAAAGAUGUAUCGAAGAAGUAAGGCUUGUAUGCUUGUGACUUGUGUAAUGAGAAGUGUGCUUAUAAAAUGUAGGCAGCAACAGAAAAUGAAAAAAAAUGCUAUGUUUAGUCUCGUCCCGAGACCAAAGAAAAUCAGCAAACAAGAGCAUUGUAGAGAUAUGCUUCCGAUUAACUGGUAGAUACAGAGCCAUCGUUGAGCCAUUUUACAUAAAGUAUAGAGAACGGUAUGCUACUAACAGAGCAUUAAAAGCUGUUAGUGAGUAUUAAAAGUACAGACAUAGAUGACAAAUGGUGGACUGUGUCUGUUCUUUAUUAUUAAGAAUAUAGACAUCCAGUCCUACGCACUACACGUAGCCUGCCUCGGUUGAGCUGCCUGACUUAUGAUACAGGAUGGUUGAAAGUAAUUAAAGAAAUAUCGUUUAAACUUCAUACAUCUACAGCGCGAGGUUCAUUGAAAUCAGAAUGUCGAAAACUAAUUACUGAGAAUUUUUUUCAGUUGGUCUGUUUAUGUCUUUGUAAUUGAAAGAAUAUCUCGUUAAGUACUCUUGAGAAACUUUGUAUAUUUUUUAAUCAGACAUCUAUCACAGCUCAUGAGUCGAGCAUCGUUUCAUCCCGCGCGAUACAUUGACUUUAUACGUGUAAUUUUAAUGACGUUUAAAAAUUGAAUCAUUAAAAUUUAUAAAGCGAAGUGGAGCUUUUAUGCGAAAUGGAGUCCGAAAUCAUAUAGGAAAAUUACGUUGUAUAUUGUAAUAUCGUAUCGUUAAAUCGUACGUUUUAUUCAUGUUCACACAUUUGUAGAAAUAUAUACUUAUAUAUAAUAUAUGCAUUGCAAAUCUUGAAGACGUACCGUUGUUAAAAAAAAAAAGUCUUUGCGCCUUUAUAAGUUAUACGU